GCCAUUCAAGUUGUUCCGGCUCCUCCCCUUCAGUCUUGCACAGGUGUACCGGCUCCUCCCCUUCAGUCUUGCACAGGUGUACCGGCUCCUCCCCUUCAGUCUUGCACAGGUGUACCGGCUCCUCCCCUUCAGUCUUGCACAGGUGUACUGGCUCCUCCCCUUCAGUGUUCCGGCUCCUCCCCUUCAGUCUUGCACAGGUGUACCGGCUCCUCCCCUCCAGUCUUGCACAGGUGUACCGGCUCCUCCUCUUCAGUCUUGCACAGGUUUACCAGCUCCUCCCCUUCAGUCUUGCACAGGUGUACCGACUCCUCCCCUUCAGUCUUGCACAGGUGUACUGACUCCUCCCCUUCAGUCUUGCACAGGUGUCCCGACUCCUCCCCUUUAGUCUUGCACAGGUGU